UACCCAUUUCAAAUUCGUGUGGAGAAGACAAAAAGGCAUACAAUUUGAAUACCAAUUUCCUAGACCUCACCCCCAAGAAGUCCGUUGGGAGCAAAACCGACAACUUCACACGAGAAACUUGCUUCGAAGGGGAAAUUUAUAAUAAAACCACUCUUUGAAUCCCACAAUUUUCAAUAAAAUACUUCAAAUAUGUGCAAAUACACGCACAUUUUGGUGGUUUCGGACCAAGAAAUGGAUCAAAAAUAGUGUAUCUACUUAAAUUCUUGGCAGCUCAGAAGAACAGAAGAAGGGCAAAGUGAAAGACAAUGUCAUGUUCACCAGAGGAACCAAAUCAGAACUCCUUAUGGUUAAGGAACAAGAAAGCUUUAAACCAUAUACUCUUUACAAUGCGUGUUCGUUCUCUUACCCCCAAAAAACAGACCCAAGAUGGGCUUCUCUCUAUAAAUUCGCAACCCACUUGCAAAAUCAAAGAUUUUACUCUCACAAAUCUUGUUUCUGAUAAGACUUCACUUCUUUCUGACGAGAUCUUACUGAAUAUUCUUUCAAAAAUUCCGAAGUCUCAAAGGAAUUCAAUUUUUCUUGUUUCCAAGAGGUGGCUCAAUCUUCAAGGAAGGCUUAUGAGAUCCAUAAAACUUCUUGAUUGGGAUUUCUUGAUAUCAGGUCGGUUGUUUUUUAGAUUCCCUAAUCUAAUUCAUGUUGAUUUAGUUAAUGGGUGUUUGAUUUCGCCACGGAAUUCGGGUAUUGUGUGCACUCAAAAGAUUGUGUCUUUUAAUGUCGGUUCUGAUAUUGGGGGUAGAGACUGGUUUCUUGAUGAAAAAUUUGUGUUGAAUGCUGAUGAAAUUGAUGAGGGUUUGAGGGUUUUGGCUAAUGGGUGUCCAAAUUUGCGAAAAUUGGCUGUGGUUAAUACUAGUGAAAUGGGGCUUCUGAGUUUGGCAGAGGAGUGCCCUACACUGCAAGAACUGGAGUUGCAUAUGUGUGAUGAUCAAGUUUUGCGAGGAAUCGCAGCUUGUCAAAAUUUACAAAUUUUAAGGGUAAUUGGAAUGGUGGAGGGUUUUUAUUCAUAUUCUUCAUUCGUUUCAGAUGUUGGAUUGACUAUAUUAGCACAGGGGUGCAAGAGAUUAGUAAAACUCGAGUUGAGUGGAUGCAAGGGGAGUUAUGAGGGAAUAAAAGCUAUUGGGCAAUGCUGUCAAAUGCUCGAAGAAUUAACUCUUUGUGAUCAUAGAAUGGAGGAUGGAUGGUUACCAGCUCUUUCGUACUGUGAAAAUUUGAAGACUUUGAGGUUUUUGUCAUGUAAGAGAAUUGAUUGUAAUCCGGGCUUUGACGAACAUAUGGGGUCCUGUCCAACUCUUGAGGGCUUGCAUUUGGAGAAGUGUCAACUAAGGGACAAGCAAAGCUUGAAAGCAUUGUUCAGUGUUUGUCGAGAAGUGAGGGAAAUUGUUUUAAAGAAUUGCUGGGGGCUUGAUGAUGAUAUGUUCAGCACUGCAAGCAUUUGCAGGAGACUGAAAUUCCUUUCUCUAGAAGGCUGCUCGUUGAUUACAACGGUGGGUCUGGAGUCUGCAGUUAUUUCCUGGAAGCAGCUUCAGAGCCUCGAAGUGAUAUCUUGCAACAAUGUAAAGGAUAGUGAAGCCAUGUUUUCUGUUCUUAAAGAUUUGAGGUGGAAACCUGAUACAAAAUCUUCUCUCUCAGCUAGUCUCACGGGAACUGGCAUGGCAAACCGGGGUGGUAAGUUUUUUAAAAAGAAUGAUUGGAAGUCAUUACCGGGUGCUUAGAAUUUUGGGUUCUUAUCUCUGCAGCAUAUUUUCUUGUACCAUUAUUAUCCUCUUGAACAUGAGGAAAAUUAACAUGGAACUCGACAGAGGAGUAUACAACAUUCCAUCACAAGAAAGAUAGGUACGUGUAAAUUUUGUAGGAAUGUGCGUGUAGCCCCUUUCUGGUGUACUGGGCAAAGAGGCAAUUGUUCUUUGAUAGUAAGGACGCAGUCUAUGACACUUAAAUUUAUGUUUAACAUGUAUCAAACCAUUACAUUAUGUAAUUGUAUCACAUGUUCUUAUUGUUUA